UCUAUAUAAUCAAAAGAAACCACCUACUAAAAAAAAUGAUAAUCAAAUUACUUGUCCUUCUUGUUUUAUGUUUUUGCAAUGUUUCAACUGCCGACGAUAACAAAAAAACUUACAUUGUUCAUAUGUCCAAACACCAAAAACCGACAACUACUUUCGGUGAAGACGUGGACCACGCUCAUUGGUUCGAUGCCUCGCUCAAAUCGGUGUCGAAAUCGGCAGAAAUGAUUUAUACAUACCAAAACGUCAUACAUGGAUUCUCUACAAAACUCACCCAAGAAGAAGCCGAAUCUCUCGAAAACCUCCCCGGGAUUCUCGCUGUCUUGCCGGAAUUGAAAUACGAGCUCCACACAACGCGGACUCCCGAGUUUCUCGGUCUAGACCAGAAUACAAAUUUGUUCCCACAAAGCUCCGGUGACAGUGACGUCAUCAUCGGAAUUUUGGACACCGGUGUUUGGCCGGAGAGCAAAAGUUUUGAUGAUACCGGUAUGGGACCGAUUCCAAGCGCGUGGAACGGCGCGUGUGAGACAGGUACUAAUUUUACUACUCAAAGCUGUAACAAAAAGUUAAUUGGGGCGAGGUUUUUUGCAAAAGGGUAUGAGGCGACUUUGGGUCCAAUUGAUGAGUCAAAAGAGAGCCGAUCUCCCCGAGAUGACGACGGCCACGGGACCCACACUUCCACGACAACCGGGGGUUCGGUUGUCGCGGGAGCGAAUUUGUUGGGUUACGCAGCCGGGUCGGCUCGCGGGAUGGCUCCAAAAGCAAGAGUAGCAGUUUAUAAAGUUUGUUGGUUGGGUGGUUGUUUUAGCUCCGAUAUUUUAGCCGCUAUGGAAAAAGCAAUAACCGACAAUGUUAAUGUUUUGUCUUUAUCUCUUGGUGGUGGUACCGCCGAUUAUUAUAGAGAUAGUGUAGCUAUAGGCGCUUUUGCGGCAAUGGAAAAGGGUAUUUUAGUAAGUUGUUCGGCCGGAAAUGCCGGGCCGACUUCUUAUAGUUUGUCUAAUGUGUCACCUUGGAUCACAACAGUAGGGGCCGGGACAUUAGAUCGUGAUUUCCCGGCCUCUGUUAGUUUAGGCAAUGGGAAAAACUAUUCGGGCGUGUCGUUGUACCGCGGCCCAAUAUUGCCCAAUCAGAUGUUGCCAUUUGUGUAUGCGGGCAACGCUAGUAAUUCGACUAGUGGGGCUCUUUGUAUGCCUGGAACCUUAGUGCCUAGUUUGGUUAAGGGUAAAAUUGUGCUUUGUGACCGUGGGGUUAAUGCUAGGGUUCAAAAGGGAUCUGUGGUGAAAGAAGCGGGUGGGGCGGGUAUGGUUUUGACUAACACCGCAGCGAAUGGGGAGGAAUUGGUGGCGGAUGCUCAUUUGUUACCUGCUACGACGGUAGGCCAGAAAGCUGGUGAUGAGAUUAGGAAGUAUGUGAUUUCGGAUGCGAAUCCAACGGCCACGAUUGUCUUUGAAGGGACGAAGUUGGGGAUCACACCGUCGCCGGUAGUAGCAUCUUUUAGUUCUCGUGGACCUAAUAGUAUCACCCCCGAGAUUCUAAAGCCGGAUAUGUUAGCACCAGGUGUGAAUAUCUUAGCGGGUUGGACAGGGGCUGUCGGGCCGACUGGUUUGCCAGACGACUCUCGCCGUGUCGGAUAUAACAUUAUAUCCGGCACGUCGAUGUCUUGCCCCCAUGUAAGUGGACUCGCAGCCUUGCUGAAGGCUGCGCAUCCAGAAUGGAGUCCAGCGGUUAUUAAAUCCGCUCUUAUGACUACUGCAUACACAUCUUACAAAGAUGGUAAAAUGAUUCAAGAUCUUGCUACAGGGAACCCAUCUACACCGUUUGAUCACGGUGCCGGACAUGUGGACCCGGUAUCUGCCGUUAAUCCAGGGCUAGUUUAUGAUAUCAGCGCGGAUGAUUAUUUUGAUUUCCUUUGCGCAUUAAAUUACACAGCUUCACAAAUACAGUUAGUGACUAAGAGAAACACUACUUGUGACGCUAGCAAGAAAUAUUUCGUUGGUAAUCUCAACUACCCGUCUUUUGCCGUUGUGGUUCCAUCGGACUCCACCGUGGUUAAACACACUAGGACGGUAACAAAUGUUGGCCCGGCUUCAUCUACAUACAAAGUGUCUACAUUUUCGGAUAAUAAGUCCGUUCAGAUGUCUGUGGUUCCUGAAACUUUGACAUUUAGUCAAGUGAAUGAGAAGAAAUCAUACACGGUGACGUUUACGAUGGGUCGCAUGGCAGUGAACUCGAAUGCGUUUGGCCGGAUUGAGUGGUCGGACGGGAAGCAUGUGGUGGGAAGUCCGGUGGCUGUUAGUUGGUAAUUGGUAGGAAAUUAAGUGUGUUAUUUUAACAAGGUGUUCAAGACUCUCCCAAAAAGGGGAGUGGGCGUUGGUGGUUGAUUAUAAGAUCUAAAUUUCAAUUUUUUUCUUCUUCAUUUCCGCUUUUAAUUUAAUUAUUAUAAUUAUUAUUAAUAGUAUAUUGUUUGAAUUUAAGAUUGUUUAUUAAGGGAUUGGAUAGAUCUCAAUUGUUAAUGAUGUUUGAGGUUGAAAACAUGAAGAAUAUGUAAGUAAUAAAGUUGGGAAUGUUUUCUUCCUUGUAACCAUCUUAAGUUAUUCUUCUAGAUUGAUUUAAAAUGAGUUCUGUUUUCA